GUUGACACCUUUUUACAAGCUGUAUAUUUCCUCAAGACUCUUCAGCUUGUCUUGAGGUAUUGAUUACUUCAAGUUGAAUUUCUGAUAUACUUUAAGUUUUUACCGUAUCAGAAAGCCUAUGAUCUCAAAAAUUUGUACUUUGUCUAAUAUCUUGUAAGCAUUGUUUGUCUUUAAAGUUGCAUCGAGGAACUAUAUUCAUUAGAGGCGAUAAAUAUGCGGAUUGAGAUAAAUUUGAGUGAAUUCAAAUAAGUAAAUUCAAUUAUUGAAUCAGGAUCAAAUCCAUUCAAAGUUGACUAAAUGAAAGGGAAAGAUACAGGGCUAAAAUGUGGAGAAUAAAGUUCCACAAAAGAUGGACAAUAUUCUUUCUUUGAGGAACCCAAUACUUGUAGUACAGGUGGGUACUUUUUCUUUUUUCCCUUUUAUAUUCUAGUUUUGGAUAAGUUUUAUCUGACGUUAAAAAUGUUUUUGACAUGAUACGAAAAAGAGUGGCUACUUGCCUACUUUAUGGGAGAUAAAAGUGAUGUGUGAAGCCAUUUUGGAAGUUCUCAAGCAUGUUGAAUCUUGUAUUUAUCUAUAUUCCUAUAUAUUGGAACAAAAUUACUCAAAUUUAACUAGAUUUUCGAUUUCUUUAUUGAAGAAAACUUCUUGGGAGAAGCUUUUCACAAGUUGGAUCGUAGAUAAUUUUAAAGGGAAAACUACGAAAUGGACCUGAGAUAGCAGUGAAGGGGCCAAAGUUUUCUACCAUGUACACGAGAGUACAACUUAUUAAAAGCUCUAAUAUUAAUAGCAGUCCGAUAGAGGAAGAGAUGUUUACGAACCGGAUGAACAUUAAGAAUUUGUUGGAGUCCGAUUGGAGUGAUGACAUACAGCUCUACAAAAAAGAUAUUUAAAUUUGAUCGUGUCUACACAUCGAGAGAUGAUCAAGGUAUGUUUCAUUAUACAAGAUUGAAAAAACAAAUAGAAAAGUUGUUCUCCCUCUAAUAGUUUCAUCGUCUUUUAAUAGGUGUUGUCUAUGCCGAUGCUUGACCAAUAAUUAUUUCAAUUUCAGACGGUUACAAUGUAUGUAACUUUGCUUAUGGACAAAUGGGAAUAGGCAAAAUAGUCAGCAUGAAGGGUACAAAAGGGUUCCUUUUAUGGGCAACGGGGACUAUUAUGUCGUUUAAGCUAAAUGAUGAAUCCCGGCCUUUCAAUUUAUAGCUGAAGAUACCUAUCAGUUUCUUGUCAAGUGGUUUGAAAGGUUUCCUUAGUACAAGCAUAGAGAAUUUUAUAUUACCGGAGAAAGUUAUGCAAGUAUUUUUGUAACAUAUUAAUUACUAAUAUCUAUCUUUGUUAUAUAAUAAGAUACUAAUUUUAUUUUUCUUCCGCGUGUUAAGGACAUUAUGUUCCACAACUAUCUCAACUUGUCCACCAGAGGAACAAGGGAAUCAAGACCCCGAUUAUUAAUUUCAAGGUGUUGACUAUGCCGAUGCUUGAUCGAUGGUUAUUUCAGUUUUAGAUAGUUACAAUGUAUGUAUCUUUGGUUAUGGAUAAAGGCAAAACAGUCACCAUGAAGGGUACAACGGGAACGGGGGAGUCAAUUAUAGGACUCUCGAAGCAUUAUUUAUAAUCGCGAAGGAGACGAGUGAAACUUUCACUUAUGACAUAUCUGUAAUUGUGCUUGAAGUCUACAAUGAGAAGAUCAGGGACAUAUUAGCUCCACUGACAACAUCAAAAAGGUAAAGUUCUUCUCUUACAUUGGAGCUUGUAGCUUUUCAAGUUUGGUGGAUUUUGUUAUAUAUAGGAGUUUUUGAAGGAUAAGAAGAUGAAAAGAUACGAGCUUGUGAAGGAUAUAGGGUCUGAGAAUUUUGGUGUUGCCAGGCUCAUGAGGCACAAGGAGACAAAAGUGCUUGUGGCUAUGAAAAACAUUGAGAGAGAACACAAGGUGGUAUCGACUCCAACUUAUCUUGCUAUUGUCAUGGAAUAUGCAGCUGGUGGAGAACUGUUUGAGCGCAUCUACAAUGCAAGAAAGUUCAGUGAAUACGAGUUGUCCCUAUUGCAUUCAAGGCCAAAAUCAACUGCUGGGAUUCCAGCUCAAAUUACUCCAGAAGUCCUUUCCAGAAGGGAAUAUGAUGGCAAGACGAAGAAAGAGAAAAUAUAGAGACAUUUCAUAUGAGCUCUAUAGGAUGAAUCAGACAUAGCAAGCGACCGUAAAUAUAAGUUUUCUUUUUGUCCAAUUUUGAAUGUUGAUUUAAUUUUGCCUGAUGUUAUCAUUCUUUUCUUCAUCAGAUUUUUUAGUCGGCAUCUUGAAAUUACUUCUCUUUUUAAUGAUUCAAGCUAAUUUAUUUGAAGAAUUAGAUAUUUUUCUUGAAAGCAAGAUUGAACCUUUCAGUUACUAAUCAAUUAUAUAACUUAACCAACUUAUGGGUUGAGAGAUGGAUGUUGUCUAUCUUAAGUCAUAUUUUUACAUUGAUGGUGUUUAUAUUUCUUUAUUACUAUACAUAUUUUGUUGUUCUAAAUUCAACUUAAGAGUUUAGUGUUCAAAAUUUUAAUUCAACGAGACUUUGCCGAUAGUUUGGAACAUUGUUCGUUCUGAGCUUUGAAGUUAAAAAAAUGUAAACUAUAUAGUAUUCAAAAUUUUAAUCCAACGAAACUUUGCCGAUAGUUUGGAACAUUGUUCG